UAGUAGAGUAUAGACGCUUUUUAUGAAAAUACAAAUAAGGAAAAUAGAAAAAAAAAAACAAAUUUCUUGUGCUGGUUAACUAAACACUGCUAACUACUACCAAGUAUUUACUUUAACUGUCCCUUAAAUAAAACGGUUUCUAAAUUCAAAUUAUAACAAAAUUAUAAUGUGUAAAAUUGAAAGAUUUUAAAUAAUUUCAAAAAAGAUUUAAAACAAUUGAAUUGAAAGAUUUUAAAUAAUUUCAAAAAAGAUUUAAAACAAAAAAAGUUUUGUUUAAAGGUGACAUUAAAAAGAAAAAAAUUGAUUAAACAAUUUCAUUAAAUUAAACGUUGCCUAGGCAAAUUAUAGAUAAUUUGUAAAAGAUAAACAACAGCAACAUUAAAAUAAAUAAAAAAUUAAGCGAGCAAAAAAAGAAAAUUUAAAUAAAAUUUUAUAAAUUUUUAAAGAAAAAGUGUUUUUUAUUACAAAAGAAAAAGGUUUCUUUGUUAAAAUAAAACCAAAAAUAUGGGUUGUAAUACUAGUCAGGAAUUAAAAACCAAAGAAGGUUCCAACAAUGCCGUUAACGGUUCGGCCCAAAAUGAUGAUAAUAACACUUGUGAACAAAACACAAAUAAUGAAGAUGCCCAACAACAAAAGGGUGCGGUUUCCGGCGAACAACAAACCUCACAGACGAACUCAGCCUCAAACCAUCAGCAUUCGAAAACAAAUUCCCUCAUCUCGAAUGGUGGUGGUGGUGCUGGCGAUAACAGCCUUAAUCACUCCUCGAAAUCCUCGGCCAAUUCUAAACAAUCCACCGUAUCGCCAGCCAAGGAGAAUGUUUCAUUGCUGAAACAACAAAUACAAUCAUAUAAUAAAGCCGAAUUAACGGAAUUCAAUGAUAUCGAUAUGGAUGGUGAAGAUGAAGCAAAAGCCGCUGUUAAAAUCCAAGCCGCAUUUAGAGGACAUAAAGUUCGAAAUACCAUGAAGAAAACAGAAACUACCACCACCACCUCUUCGGCUGGUUCUGCUACAGCAGCAGCCGCAGCUGCUGGUAAUGCAGCCGCUAGUGCCACUACAGAACAUGAACCAACUAAAGCUGAAUUGGAAGCUGAAUUUGAUCCCAAUGACAAAG